AAUGGAACGGAAAAAGUUUUUUGAGUGUGUUGUGUGCAAGUUGGAGUUUAAGUUCUCUUGUGAGCUGGCCAAGCAUUUCUACUCCCAUAUUCAUGUGCUGAAAGAGUUUGUGACACAUCUUCAAAGCAACCCCUUGGAUUCCUUACACAUGGACGCCCUUCAGAUGUUAAUUCUGAAUGAACAUUUUUUCCUAUGGGAUGAAAAACGUGAGCACAUGAAAUGUAUAGUUUGUGAAAAUACAAAAUGGAUGCCAAUGUCCAAUUACUCCAAACACGUUCGCUUAAAGGAUCAUCUUCUGAACCUUCGACACAGGUUGGAUUCGCUGUACAGGAGGCAAUUACCUAGUGAUAAUGCCAGGAAAGACAUUGAUUGCCCAGUUUGUCAGGAAAAGUUUGACGAGGUUAGUUUAAUAGAUCACGUGACGAGCCAGGCACACAUUAUAGAGGAUUUAAACUGCAGUCGUUUUGUGGAUAGAAUCGUUGACGUUUCCCAAAGCAACGUUGGCAAGUCCCUUCUGAGUGAAAUAGAUGAGAGAGGCGAACCAGUCCUUAUUGGAGAAAAUGAUGAUCCAGAAGACAGGCUUCAGGUUCCGACUGACGAUGGCCAAUCGGAGAAUUCUGAUACUGUGACCGAAACAGCGAGUCAGUCCUGCUCAGCAUAUACUGAAUUAAGAUCGGAGACUAACGCAAGUAAGUCAUGCUCAGCAAAUACUGAAUUUGACAGCCCUAGAAGUGGAACUAGACCAAUGAACUCGGCACCUUCUUUGCGAACUUCAAGUGGUUAUGUGUCAGACCAUCGCCAAAAACCACCCUCGUUCGUGUAUCAGAUCUCGGAUCCUAACUUGAGAAAAAUGACGGAAGAGUGCCUGGAGACAGUACCUAUUACAGGACCUGCUCAGAGCGAGCAGUACAUCUGCAAUAUAUGCAAAUCGAAGUUGAAUGGAAUCGAGCCAGUAAAGCAACACAUGGCUAGUAUGCAACAUAGAAGAAGGUAUACGACAGCUAGAAGAAGCAACGCUGCCAACUUCUCUGGAUUGGCAUCUCCGUCUUAUCACCCUGGAUCGGUUCAUUCAGCGCCAGCCUUGUCUCAAGUACAGCAUGAACAAAUGCUGUUUCCUAAGGGACCAGCUUCGGUUGCUGCAGAUUCCGGUUAUUGCUUGUCGGAGUUUUCCAGGAUAUCCUCCCGAUCAAAUCCUGAAAGUGUAAUCUCAUCUGUAUCAACUCACCCGCAGCAAAAUAGGAUGGGACAACAAAGGGUUUUUCCCGUGCGGCGUGAGUCAACUGGGGUGAAAUCUGCGAAGUGUGUGCAUUGUGGAACCGAAAACAUUUCUGAAUUCGACAUCUUGCAGCCCCAAUCUCUAAAUGCUCCUUUGGCCUCGGAGCGAGGUGUGGGAACUGGUUCUGUCGGCGGAGUGAAGUGUGUCGGUUGUGCAGGACAGACAUAUCCAAAUAGAGAGCCAUAUCAGCAGCCUUUGUACUCUGAUUCCCAGAAUAAUCAUCCCACGAUAGCUGAAGUUGGAAAAAAUCAUCCUGGAACAACAUACUCGGAACUUCAAACGGCACCUGUGAGAACACCACAACAGAUAAAUGCGGGAAACGCGAGGUCAUCUGGAGGUCAAAGAGCGAGUGCUGGAGGGGGUGGGGGCGGGGCAGUUGGUGGGGGGCUCUCUAGUGGUGUAAGCACAGGCCGUAGCUCCUCAGCGGUUUCCUCUUCGGCAGUUCCCUCAAGUGUGACUAGCAGUGUCCACAGGAACUACAAGCGAUGUGAUUUGUGUGGAGUGGAUUUCACAGAUAUCAAACAUGCGAACGACCACUACAACGGGAAGAAACACCAGAAGAAGAUGCUAAGUGUGGAUGCCUCUGCUCUGGACGCAAUGUCCGGAGGUUCGGGAGACCGAGGCAAUGGAGAGCAGGGAGAAGAGACGGCGAUUGUUAAGAGCAGCAGUGUGCAGAACUUUAACGAUUACGACGAGACAGCGAGAACUGUUGAGUUGGAGAAGUACUACAAGGAGAGGGGAGUAGUGGCGACUACUCCGAGACACUACCAGCACGAUCUGUUCCGCCGAGUGAUGCUGGACGACUACUCUUACUACUGCUUCCUACCAACUGGUCUGGGGAAGACGUUGGUGGCCUGUCUGAUCAUGCGAGAGAUGCUGGAGUUGAAUUGGGGUCAAAGAGGCAAAGUGUUCUUCGUAACCGACAAAGUUCUGCUCACUUUACAGCAGAUGCAGUACAUUCGAGACCAAUUCAAAGCCCAGAAAUCUCACUACAUUAAGGUGGCAGCUUCGUGUGGUGAACGUAUUGAGACAGAGAAGAACGUCAAUAUACGCGAUCAUCAUAUCUUUCUCUUCACUGCUGAGUUCCUGCGCGUGCGGCUCCAGAGACGGGAGGCAUUCAAUUGGGGAGAUGUGUGUUGUGUUGUGUUCGACGAAGUCCAUCAUUGCGACGCCAAACACCCCUACAAUGCUUUGGUGCAGGAGUUCCAUCUGCCCCUUGUGCAUGCGGAGAAACCACACCCGAAACUCAUAGGUCUGACUGCGAGUCCGGCCAUAGACAAGACAGGAGCUGAGAAGACGAUGGAGGUGCUAAAACAGAGACUGAACAUCUUCGGAAGAGCUCGACUAGUUACGGGGGAUAAAGAGGAAUUGACAGAGUAUGUGGUGAUGCCUAACAUUAGUUACAAAAUGCAGAACACUUCUCAGAACUACCUGGAGUUCGCAGAAGCAGCGGCAGUUGUGAUAGACGUGUUUAUAGCAGACAAUCUGUCUACGGGUCCAAUGUCAGUCAGACUCACGAAGAAGAUCACAGACCUCUGUCAAGUGGGCAAAAGAAAGCCAUUCGACGAGUCGUGGCUGUUUACAAUGGACCAGGAGUGCGAGAGACUCAUAGAGAGCAUGGUGCAGUCUUCGAGUAAUGCAGGCGAAGAUGAUCCCCUGAUGGGACCUCUCGGUUUUCUCUUAGAUCUUUUCGAAACAAUCUUCCUCGCCCGCUUUGUCAGCCUGUACGAGGCGUUUUUUCUCCUCGAAGGUCUGGCCUCUCCAACCCCCUCGUCCGCAUGUCCGGUUGCCCUAGAAGAAACUGAGCGGCAGAGAGAUUCUGUUCUGAAUGAAUUUAGAGAAAGAGCUGAAAAUGAUCUCAAUUCGCUGGACGCUCCUUACCACAGCAUUAUAGAUGAAAUCAGAGACACUUUCGGAGAGCCAUCGCGAAAUAUACCGGUAGUAAUGGAUCAGAAGUUCCUGUUGAUUCUCGUGACCACUCGUUGUUUUGCCCUCUCCUUGACUAGGGUUCUCUCCAAAGAUUUGUUGCUUGAAAAGCUGGGUCUUAAAGUGGGCUGUGUUGUUGGCCAUGGGGGCACGAACAGUGCAGUCAAGGGCAUGUCUGUCAGGAAACAACACCAGGCACUCAUCGACAUGAAGAACAAACAGAUCUUCGUGGCCACUUCUGUGGCGGAGGAGGGCAUAGAUGUGCCCAGCUGUGAGAAGGUGAUUCUCCUGAGUGCUCCCAAGGACACCACUGCCUUUGUGCAGAUCAGAGGAAGGGCCAGGAAACAACACAGCUCAGUCGUGUUCAUCGGCAACCAACAGGAGAGGGAGAAGAUGGAGAGCUUAAUCAGCAACGAGCAGUACAUGCUGCAGGCAGUGCAGCAGUACGACAACAGGAUAUUCUGCGCACCGCCUCCACCCAUUAACAGAAACAAAAACAGUAGCAGAUUCAGGUGAAAAACAAAGGCGACAACAGAAGAGAAAACGAAGAUAACUCGAAUGUGCGCUUAUAAACUAAAUAGGGAAUCCAUUAUGCGCGAAAGAUCGAAUGCGCGAAAAUUUUGUCAGCCAAUCAGAGCUCUUUUUUUCAAAAUUCUGUAGAAAUAAGCAAUAAUAUCAUUCAGUUUUGGAAAAUUUUCCCAACCAAUCAGAGCUCAUCUAAGAUUUCGGCGAAGUCCAAAUGAUUGAUCUUGCUUAAAAUUUUAACAUUUUCAAAAAAUGCCCCUUCCCAGCUAAAUGUUUCCAAGCUAUUAUAUGUGUUGCAACAUAAAACAUCUAUCUUUUUUCCGGCCGCUCUUGUUGUAGUCGGAUGCAAAUUUAAUUUGGGUACAAACAAAAAUUCGCAGUUUGAAAAAGGCGAAAAAAAACAUGCACUUGACUGAACUUAUUCGACUCCAAAUGCUAAAUUAUUCAUCACCUGUGCUUCGACAGCGAGUAAAAGAUAAUAUGUACGGCGACCUCGAAUUUUACUGAUGAUCUGAAUCAUAGUUCAGCUGCUGUGCUUUGACUAUUAUGAGAUAAUAUUGAAUGUUGCUAUCUGAUAUUUUAUUAUUUGAAUGACAGUUUUAGGAUCUUGUUAACUACCCCCCCCCCUCCCUAUUG